AGGCUGCUCCGCGUCAGGUGACUGAAGUCCGGGUGGGAGGGGUCGGAGGUUCAAUCCUUCUGACUGACGAGUCUCUAAGACGGGCUUGUCCACCGUGGGACCGACGGGGACUAGUGGCGUUGCCGGCGCUCGCUCUGCCACGGCAGGAUUGUCUUAAGAAUCUUCACUGAAAUCUUUGCUGGCAGUCAGUGAUGGCGAGUAAGGGGCCUUCGGCCUCUGCAUCCACUGAGAAUUCCAGUGCAGGGGGGCCCAGUGGCAGCAGCAAUGGCACUGGUGAGAGUGGAGGGCAGGAUAGUACCUUCGAGUGCAACAUAUGCCUGGACACAGCCAAGGACGCUGUCAUCAGCCUGUGUGGCCACCUCUUCUGUUGGCCGUGUUUGCAUCAGUGGUUGGAGACUAGACCUAAUAGACAAGUGUGUCCAGUUUGCAAAGCUGGAAUCAGCCGGGACAAGGUCAUCCCACUUUAUGGCAGGGGCAGCACCGGGCAGCAGGAUCCCAGAGAGAAGACUCCUCCUCGUCCUCAAGGCCAGAGGCCGGAGCCCGAAAAUAGAGGGGGAUUUCAAGGAUUUGGAUUUGGAGAUGGUGGCUUUCAGAUGUCUUUUGGAAUCGGAGCAUUUCCAUUUGGGAUAUUUGCCACAGCAUUUAACAUAAACGACGGACGACCUCCUCCAGCUGUCCCUGGGACACCCCAGUACGUGGAUGAGCAGUUUCUGUCACGCCUCUUCCUGUUUGUAGCCCUAGUGAUCAUGUUCUGGCUCCUGAUCGCCUAAUACAGGACCCCUGUUUGCAUCUACAGCAGCACCUCUGGACUGGUGAUGUGCCACACCCACUUCUGGUGUUUGACUUGCUUAAACCCGACCCCUGGAAUCAAGGGUCAGGAACACAUCAAGGAGUCUUGCUUCUCCAUUAGAGCUUUGGAACUCAAAAGUUGACGAGGAAUCCCCAGUUCCACCGCUGCUGUAGACACCCUCCUAUAACCUCAGGUCUUUUGUUGAAUCACCUCUCAGAGGUGACAAUGUGAAGUCCUGUUCCAGCCUUCUCAGCAGGUCCCAGCUCCAUACAGGGAAGAGAUGGGAAGAAAGAAACAGUUUUUUUCACCAGAACUUUAUAUUACAGAAAUGAAGGGAUGAACCAAAUGGUAUUUAUGGAAACUUACUUUCAUCAUUUUAAAUACCCU